AUUAGGGCAGGAUAAACCGCAGGCCUAAGACGUUCGGUUGUAGGAGGUUUUUCUUCGAUAGGAGGGAGGGGUGGCGAUAAACUGGACAGAAAACGCUUACGAGUUUCGCGGUUCCCUUGCUGCGCGGUCUUUUCUUGUUGACCAUUCUGGGCUCUUUUCGUUUCUCCGUCUAUCGGAUACCGUAUCAGAUCCACGUGACUGCAGCCUCAACUAAGAGGAAGAGACGAGCGCAUGAUUCAGAGUUGCUUACAGUGCGAUGAGAUGAACAGACUCAACACUCCCCUGUCCUGGUGACAGGGGAGUGGGACGGGACGUGUCAUUAGUUACUCUUGUCGUGUACUCUUGUAGCGAGCUUUCUUCUCAACUGCGAUGACUACUGCGACUGAGCUAGAAGCUGCCAAGCAAGACCACUGGACGCUUCUCAUAAGCAUCCAAGAAUGGCGGAAUGGGAACUCGGUUGGGGAUAACGUUAGUGUCGGGUACAGUAUUAUGCAUUCUACAGUACUGUACUGGAACGUCACAGAAUAGGCAGACGGAGAUAGGUAGCUGAUAAGUUUCGUCAAAUUUCUCUUUUUUUAGGAAAAUGUAGAAGUUGUAGUCGUUGGAGUGUCGACGGUGCCUAGGGAUUUGUGGAUGGGGGGAGCUCUCGUCAUUCGUUCCUUCUGUUUUAUCCGCAUGGUGGACUCGUAUUGUAGUAGGACAGGUUCAUAGGAAGCUGAGAUCCUUGUUUGGCAGCCUGCUAGUGGCGGUUGAACAUCCAUGGCUGGCGUUUGUCGUCCACGUUUCGCGACGGAAUUUCAUGUUCUGGUGUAGCUUCUGUAGAUCCACGCGAGUGAAUGAAGGCUUCGCUUCUGGGAGGAAGGAAGAGACGAGAGCAUCAUUUGCAGUUGCUUACGACUGCAAGAAUGGGCUUUACGCCAAGCCCCUUCUUAUGACUCGGAGGGCUGCAUCAUUUGAUGCGUCUCGUAAUCUGUACAGUAGUACGACUCUCGUGUCCUCGUUCAGUGUACAGUACUGUACCCUCCUCCACACUCAACGCACUCUUCUCCGCCUGACACGUGGCUCACGCCGGAGCACACGAGUCAAGACAGGAGGAGAGCGGAAGAUAUUGUCAGACUGCUCCUCGGACUCGUUAUGGCCGCAACUAAGGCGCACUUCCAAAUAGGACCACUGGACGAGUGGCCCGGUUUGGCACCAGCCGAGGCGCAGUGCUCCACCGAGGAGCCGGCGGUGACCGGGUGGAUGCUCCGUCUGUCUCCCCAGACGCUGAACUGUGGCUCUUCUAGGCUGGACAACACCCCCACACAGAAUCGCUGACAAGUCUCACCGGUUCUCAACGGUUCUCACCGGUUCUCAUGGUCACGUGAGACUUACAAGAUACACGCAAGCAGCACUGGCACCAGCCCUCCCUGAGGAGGAUGCUAUUAGGAUCCGAAGCACUGGCAUGCUUAUCCGCUUCGGAUAACUCUCGUCGGACGACGAUUGCGGCAGAUAAUUGUCUCGAUUUCACCAGACCCUGGAAGUCGAACUUCCGGCUCUUCACCUAAGGCGGCUGUCACGUUUGAGAGCCCUGUAUCUGAAGGGAGUCCCUCGCGAGUCUUUAUUUCUGCUGUUAUUCGAAAUUGCCGAAUUCCGGAGUACUGACAACUGUUCGCCCUCAAGGCUCUACCGCCGCGUUAGUAUAACGCAGAGUCUCAGAGUCUGCCACGCUCUAGCAGCAGAAAGCUUCAGGAGUCUUCUCAGCAGAUAGCCUAUGCCGAUGGUCUCGGAGGCCCCAACUAUUGGACGGAUUUUUCAAAUGGCGGGACACUGUCGCGUCCCCACGCCCUUAAUUCCCCUCCCCACCCCCUCACCUCCUCUCCCCGCCGCCUCAACUCCCCUCCCCGCCGCCUCAACUCCCCUCCCCGCCUCCUCAACUCGUGCCCUCGUCACGCCUUCAAUUCCCCUCAUCGCCCCCUCAAGUCCCCUCGCCACGCCCUCGUCGAAUCUGCCUACCCCCACCUCAACUUCCAGUAUCAGCGCCACCCGCACCGCCACUGCCGCCACCGCCGAGGGGGAUUCCAGCUCCCAGCAGCAGUCGCCUAACGCCCACUCCCAGCAGGAACUGGGAAACUCCAGCUCCCAGCAACAGCAACUCCCUACUUGUAUCUCCCGGCCUGAGGAGGCGGGGCGGCGGGCGCUGGAUGAGAUGGUGGCGCGGGUGGUGGGGUGCGAUGGGCACAGCUGGCUCAAGUACGGCCAGAAGCAAUUGCAGCGCUCCAGCACCAUCAGGUAGGGCUGUAGCACCAUCAGGUA